AAUGUCAAACACGCUCUUAAUCUGAUUACUUACAUCAGAAUAUAAAAUUAAGAUAUGAGGUCUGUGAGACUCUUCAAUAUACAAAUUCCUUGUCAACCUUUAAAGAACAGAAUUUGACAAUUUUCAGUGAAGCCUUGCAGGCAGUAACUUCCAUGCACAUCGGUUAUCAAUUCACCAAGUUUUGUGUUAUCAUGUCACAUAUUUCUUCAUAUACCUCUGGCAUAGUAUUUCUAUUGUCAAAAAUUUCAUUCAUGUAUUUGAAACCACAACUACUGCAGAUAACAUUCCAUGGAGGUCUGCAACCAUUUUGCUCAGUCUGGAAGGAUUUCGAGUCCAGAUGUUAUGUUGUAGACAGGGUACUUUUGGGAAUGUCAAAUAUAACACAUCACCAAAGAAUUUCCUUCAAAACACAAGCUAUAAAGUCUUUCUACUCCAAUUUUAUUGAAAGCUUUGCUUUCAUUAAUGAUCAUUCUUGCCCAAAUGAACUAGGCAACAUUAAUUGCAACUUUUAUAAGGAUUGGGAUUCUUCAAUUGGAGCAAUAGAUGAACUGCACCCACACCCUAUGGGAGGGGGUAAACUGAAAUUCUUAGAAAGUUAUAACAUAUCUGGUGUUGAAGAAGGACCUUUGAACUCUGCAGACCAGUUUGCUGAUAAUACAGAUAGUUUAAUACGACUUAUGAAACCUGAAAUAACAUCAACUAUUGAUAUGACACCAGAGAAUCCCAGUUUGGGAUCUGAUUCCCUGGAAAUGGAUAACGAUUCAUUAUCUAGUGCAAAGGCUGGUUUUGAUGAUUUUUUGGGCGAGGUUAGGGACUCCAUCAACACUUCAGUAAAUAAUGGAGGAAAUGUUGUGCAAAGCUCACUAGACACAAUUACUUCUUCAAUAACAUCGAUUAAGGAAGGUGCUUCAGAAGCAGUAGAUGGUGCCUUGAGUAAAGUAUUCUCUACUUUUGAUCAAACAGAAGAAUUAGCUGCCAAAGAUUGACUAGCUUUUCCUCUGGUUUGAGGGAAGCCACACAAAAAGCUACUGGCACUUCUGUUGAUGUGCUCAGAGUUGCAAUCGUUGCAGUGGAGGAAUCUAUAGCAAAAGGGGCUUCUUUUGUUGUUUAUUCUUAUUGGCCUGCCAAGGAUUUGCUUCCUCCAGAGAUCAGGUGUGCACUGAAUCUGUCUGAAGAAAGGGUAACAGAGAUUUUGAGGCCAAUUGGUGCAACUUUUCAACAGGGAAGGAAGACGCCAUACUUAUUGAUGUCCGGCCUGAGGCAAGAGCGUAAA